AUGAUCCCUAUUGGUAGAGGUCAGCGUGAGCUUAUCAUUGGCGACCGCCAGACGGGUAAGACAGUAGUAGCGCUGGAUACCAUCAUUAACCAAAAAGAAUUUUACGACAGAGGAGAGCCGGUAUUCUGCGUAUACGUAGCUAUCGGUCAAAAAGGUUCUACCGUAGCCGGUAUCGCCAAAACCCUGGAGGAAAAAGGUGCUAUGGAUUACACCGUAAUUGUAGCCUCAAAUGCUUCUGACCCUGCUCCUAUGCAGUUUUAUGCCCCAUUUGCCGGUGCGGCUAUAGCUGAAUAUUUCCGUGAUACGGGACGUCCUGCCCUGAUUGUGUUUGAUGACUUGUCAAAACAAGCGGUGGCUUACCGUGAAGUUUCUCUUCUUUUGAGACGUCCUCCCGGUCGUGAAGCUUAUCCUGGUGACGUAUUCUACCUGCAUAGUCGCUUACUGGAGCGUGCUGCCAAGGUGAUUAAUGAUGACACCAUUGCUUCUCAAAUGAAUGACCUUCCGGAAUCCCUGAAAGGAAAAGUAAAAGGGGGUGGUUCUAUCACCGCUCUUCCAAUCAUUGAGACUCAGGCGGGUGAUGUAUCUGCCUACAUUCCAACUAACGUAAUCUCCAUUACAGACGGACAGAUCUUCCUGGAGUCUGAUUUAUUUAACUCGGGUGUACGCCCUGCUAUUAACGUAGGUAUUUCUGUAUCCCGUGUGGGAGGUAGUGCACAGAUCAAGUCUAUGAAAAAAGUGGCUGGUACCCUUAAGCUGGACCAGGCACAGUACCGUGAACUUGAAGCCUUUGCUAAGUUUGGUUCUGACCUUGACGCAGCUACUAUGGCGGUAAUCAACAAGGGUAAGCGUAAUGUGGAGAUUCUGAAGCAAGGUGUGAACAGCCCUGUAGCAGUAGAAAACCAGAUUGCGAUCAUUUAUCUGGGAACCAAGGGUCUGCUGAACAAGGAUGCCAUCACGCAGAUGCGUCCUUAUGCUCAGAAGCUGGAAGAGAUCCUGAUGAACGUUAGCGCGACACUUGACGCCAGUGAAGGAGUGUACUCCCGCCAGAGCGAGCAAGUGAAAAAAGUGCUGCUGGUAACUAUUUCUUCCAACCGUGGUUUAGCCGGGGCAUUUAAUGCCAAUAUUAUGAAGAAGGCCUUAGCGGAGAUACAGGCACAUCCGGAGCGCCAGUAUGAGGUGUUGUCCAUAGGUAAAAAAACCUACGAUCUUUUAAGCCGCAAGGGAGAGAAAGUAAUUGGUCAUCACAACAACCUGUACGAUGAUAUUACUUUCGAAAAUGUAAGUGCAAUUGCUGAAUCUUUAAUGGAGAAGUUCGCCAAUGGUGAAUACGAUCAGAUUCAGUUGAUCUACAACCAGUUUAAAAAUGCUGCUGUACAGCGCGUGCAGCUGGAGCAGAUGUUACCGGUUCGUGAAAUUCAAAAGGAUGAGCAUUCCGGCCAGUUGGCGGAUUAUAUUUAUGAACCUUCCAAGGAAGAAAUUCUGGAAGACCUGAUCCCUAAAUCAUUGAAAACGCAGCUUUUUAAAGCUGUACUGGAUAGCCAUGCCUCUGAGCAUGGCGCCCGUAUGACCGCUAUGCAUAAAGCAGCUAUCACCAAUGAGAUCCUUGAGAUUGUAGGCGGUGCCGAAGCCCUCAACGGGAUCAUAGCAUACUUUCUGUCCAACUACAUUACAGGCUCUUUAAAGGCGGUUGGUCAAAAACUCAAGAGUAUACGCAUCAACCAGUCCAACGUGCCCUUAAAAUGGAAGUUUGACGAUGAAAUAGGCACCCUGGUGGAUGAGUACAACCGAAUGCUGCAGGAGCUGGAAGCCAGUGCCGCCAUACUGGCCAAAACUGAACGCGAAAGUGCGUGGCGGGAGAUGGCCAAACAAGUGGCACAUGAAAUCAAGAACCCCCUUACACCGAUGCGGCUGAAUGUGCAGUAUCUUGAAAAAACCCUGAAAACAGAGCAGCCUGAAAAACUACGUGAGUUUACCGAAAGUAUGAUCUCACAGAUUGACACCCUUACCGGUAUUGCGGAAGCCUUUUCACGCUUUGCCAGUAUGCCCGAGUUAAAAUCAGAGGAGUUUGCUGCCCGUGAGAUCAUCCAGCGCACUACAGCCCUUUAUCCGGAGUACCGUAUAGAAUUUGAGACCGAAGACCAUAACAUUCAACUGAAAGGCGAUAAGGAUCAACUGGAGACCUAUCGCUAUGUAGCGGUGCAAAACAUUGCUUUUGUAUUAGUGGAUAUCGGUGAAUACCAGAACGUGAUUAUUGACCUUAUGGAGCGGGGCGUUAACGGCAUUGGCCAGGACCUGGAGAGCAACCCUGAUGUUCGGGUGAUCAUACUUACCGGCAGUGGGGAGAAAGCUUUUGUGGCAGGAGCGGAUAUUAAAGAAUUUGCAGACUUUAACGUACAGGAAGGUACGGAACUGGCUGCCCGUGGCCAUGAUAUGCUUUUUGACCUGGUGGAGAACCUGAAUAAACCCGUAAUUGCUGCGGUAAAUGGUUUUGCACUGGGCGGUGGGCUGGAGCUGGCUAUGGCCUGCCAUGUGCGUAUAGCCUCUACCAAUGCCCGUAUGGGCUUGCCGGAAACCGGGCUUGGAGUAAUACCCGGCUAUGGGGGAACCCAGCGGCUGGCAAAUCUGGUGGGCAAAGGUCGCGCUAUGGAAAUGAUAUGUACCGCUGAGAUGAUCAAAGCUGACCGGGCUUAUGAAACCGGUUUGGUGAAUCAGUUGGUGGCACCUGAAGAACUGAUGGAAAGUUGCCAGGCUAUGGCGGUUAAAAUGAUCAAAAAUUCGCCCCAGGCUAUUCAAAGUGCUAUACGAAGUGUAAACGCGGGCUUUAAGUUCGGCAUGAACGGCUUUAAAGUAGAGAUAGAAGAGUUUGGUAAGUGCUUUGGCACAGAAGACUUUAAAGAAGGCACACGUGCUUUUCUGGAAAAGCGUAAAGCCAACUUUAAGGCUUGA